AUGAGAGCUCAAGGUGUUGCCCUGAUCUUCGAGGGCUUUGAGAUCGACUAUGCUCAUGCCAAGCUAAUCCCUCUGUUGCCUUCACCAGAUGGCACAAAGCCUGCUGAGCUUCAACCAGAAUGCUUCCAAACCUACCCUGGAUAUGUGUCAUCACUGCACGGCCCAGCUGCCGACCCUGAGGCCCUCAAAAAGAUCCACUCCAAAAUCACCCAGUGCAGGCCUCCUCAUUCAUGGCAAGACCCUCAAUCUCACUCCACACUUGCCAUCAAGAGCCAGUGGUAUCGCAACCUGUUCCAGAUUCAGAACACUCUUUUCCACAGCACAGUGGAAUAUUUCCACACUUCCUGCCAGUUCUCCUACGCUUUGACCCCUCUCACCACAGACACCAUCUCCUCACCAAUGGGCCUGGGAUCUGACUCAGAACCAGUUUCUGUUAGCCUGCUGGGCCAGGACAUCUACCUGGCUGACUCAAUGCAAUUUGUACUUGAAUACUUCCUUCGCUUCCAGGAGAACCUGCCAGGGACGUACUACAUAUCUCCCAGCUUCAGAGGGGAAGAUCCUGAUGCCACACACUUGAACCAGUUCUACCACGUGGAGUGUGAACUGUUGGGUGACAUGGACAAUGCCAUCUCUACAGCAGAGGGAUACUUGGCUCAUCUCACCAAGUCCAUGUUGAAGAAACACUCUGAUAUUAUCCUCAACACUGCCGGGACCAUUACACAUGUCAAAGCCAUGCUGAAUAAGCUGGAUGGAAAAACCCCACUCCCAAGAAUCCCUCUAGACCAGGCCAUUCCCAUGAUGCCCUCUGCUGACUGCUUAGAGUGGGUCCAAGAUGGACAGCCGCAGUUUGGCAGAAAGCUAACACGCAAAGGAGAGCGGGUCUUGAUAGAGAAAUAUGGUGGUGCUGUUUGGCUGACUGAGAUGGACCAUCUCGGAGUUCCCUUCUACCAGGCGUAUGUGGAGGGCACUGGGCGGUGCAAAGCCAAAGCUGCUGACCUCCUCCUGGGGCUGGGUGAGACUGUGGGUCUCGGUGAACGUCAUUCCACCCCUGAGAUGGUACAGGAGGCCCUCAGGCAUCAUGCAGUGCCAGAGCAGUCCUACAAAUGGUACAUCGACAUGAGGCAAGUGAAACCACUCCUCACCAGUGGAUGGGGCAUGGGGACGGAACGCUACUUGUGUUGGCUGCUUCAGCAUGAUGACAUCAGAGAUAUACAUAUCAUUCCUAGGAUGAAAGGAAUGAAAUACAUGCCCUGAUCAAAAGCUCUCCAGAUCUUCAGGCCAUAGGAUGUGAUUUGAUAGAAGUUAAGAUUGGGAAGUUCAGAGCAGAACAACCUUGAGAUGUUAUCACAAAAAAAUGCCACAAAGAUGAAAAGACUAAAAUCAGUUUUACAAGAAAAUAUUAAAAGAUGAAUGUGGGUUUUUUUUCUAAUCUGUGCUCAAAUAUAAUCUUUUUUCUGUGUGAUUCCAGGGGGUGAUGUACACUUGCUGUUUUUGUUCAAAUACUGUACCAAUCACAGACAUAUUGUCUUAGCUGUCUGAGAAAAUAUUUGGUAUCCUUUGAUAAACAUGCAAAUCCUGCUAUACUUACAUCAUGAUUAGUGUGUGCAUUUAUAAAAGUGACUUUUUAUGUGUAAGCAGUUUGUUGAAUAUUGAUCCCUAUUAAUUGGUGUAUGUUUGUUUUCUUUGGUGUUUGUUGUACUGAC